AAACACUCCUUAGCAACCCCUAGCAACGAGAUUGUUUAUACACAAACAGAAACCAGAAAAACAUAACCUUCGUAUUGUUUUUCGGUUGUCUUGUAUUUGAUGAAUUCGAACCUCUGCUUCAGUUUUCGUUCACUUUUGGAGUAUGGAUUUGAAUAUCUGAGAAAGAUGAUAGCGGCAACCUAAACGUCAACAUAACCGAAUGGGUAGUAAGGGUGCAGAAAGAGGAAGAUGGGCAUGGGAAAAAAGAGAACAUUCUCAGACAGCAGAAUGUUCUGGUUCAGCAUCAAACUGGAGCAGUGCUCUAGUCGAGGAUAUUUUGGAAACAAACAUCAUUGGACAUCGUAACAUGGUUGUUUUAAAAGAAUUGGAUUAUCCUGGAACAUUAGAUCCAGGUCUUUUAAGUGAUCUUCGUCAUGAUAAGAAUAUUCGCUCAUCAGUGUACCCCUCCAAACUUCAGCAGCCUCAUUCUGCCAUAAUGCUUGAAGCCAAAAGAAAUCUGAAAAGAGAGGAAAAGGUUACCAAAAAUUUGAGUUUGCAAAACAAAAUGGUUGAUGAGGAAGUGGAUAGAUUCCAAAGCCAUAUUAAAAGCCUGAGAAAAAUGAAUCAGAGAUUAGAAAGAAUUGCUUUCCCCAUCAGUACCAAAAAGAGACUUGGAAAAUUGCAUCCGGGUCCUAAUACUACUUACCAUCACAAGGAUUACAGCCCUUUAAAAGUUGAUCUCACAGAAGAUAAACUAUCCAUUGAUCAAGGAAAGUCUAAGAAGAGAAACCCAAAUUCAAAUGCAAUAAAUGCAACAGAUAAUUAUGGUCAGCGGGAUUUUAGAGCUUUUCAAAGUAAACCAAAACUUUCAAUAUCAGGGAACAAAAUGGAAGAACAUGAAAUUGUUCAGCACCCUGUAUACUCUUUACCUUGCAGAAUUUCUAACGAACAUCAAAACACAGUUUUUGAGAGAAUUCAUGAGAAGUAUAUUGAAUCUGAAAGAAAACGAGUCAUGGAAGAAGGAACAGUUCUCAUCAGACAUUCUAGUCCUAUCAAUGACUGUGAACAGAAUGGGCAUUCCCAUUCAAUAACCAGUACAACACAAAAAUCUAUGAACUCUCAAGAUAGUGGUCUUGUUCAGAUUGGGGAUUGGGUUGAAGACAUAGGCUUGAGUGAUGUGUCAGAAGCUGCUCCUAACAUUCUUAAAACUGAAGUAAGUAUUAAUGAAUGGAACACCUCUUCAAAGUCAAGGGAAAUUGUAAAUGCAGCCAAACUAACUAAUUCAGAAAUCGAGAAGCCUUUGUGCAAUACUUUGCCUCCAGCAACUGGACCCAAAAAAGGAGAUCACAACAAGCUGGAAAGUAUGAGUAAGAUGUAUGCUAAGUGGAUGACAAAAGUUUGUGCUCCACACAGUACAAAAUUUGAAGACACUGGCUGCAAAACCAAACCAGAUAAAACAAAAGAAGGGGAUUUAAAACGCACCAAUGUUAAUACAAUCACUAGAGAAGAGAAAAUAAUGCAAGUUCUUCAAGCUCUUCAGAAGCACAAGGAUACCAAACCAGAAAUUGCUAGCAUGAGAGAGUGUACCAGCAGUUCUCGAUUUUCUAAAUCAGUGAAUGACGUUAGAGAGGAUAAAUUAGAGCCAUCAGAUCAUAAGUUUAGGAGAGCAAUCAGUGGCUCAUAUGAGCAACGACUGAAAGCACACAAAGAACUUAUCACCCACCAAAAAGCAAAGCUUGAUGAGCAGAAGAGACAAAUUGAUGAUCUCAAACUGUCUCAACUACGGAUGGAGAGUGAAAAAUCACAAAUACAAACUCAUAGAGCCUUAAAUGAAGUAAUGCAAAACUGUAAUGUGAAAGUAAAGGCACAGGCAAAGUCUCUAAAGUCAUCUCUAUCUUUAGUUGAUCUUUCUCCUGGAAAUGAUUUUGUUUUGCGCAUGGAGCAGCGAGCAUUGGAACAGAAACAGAAAAAGCUUCUUGCUCAGGAACGUCGAAAACAGUUUGAAGAAGAAAGAAAAAAAAGAAUCAAGGAGUUAGAAGAAAAAAGGCGGCAAGAAGAGGAAGAAACAUUGAGAAGGAAACAGGAGGAAGCUCUAGACAUGAGGAGAAAAGAAAGGGAAAUGAGGGAAGAAGCCAGGAAAGAAAGAGAAAAGUAUAUUGCUUUGGAAAGAAAAGCUGACCAUUUUUUUAGGACUCGAAGAUUGAGGCAUGGCCUGUUUGCUUUUAAAAAAUUAUUACUCUUAAGGAAAAAACAAGAGGAAAUUGCCGAUGAAUUCUAUGAACGGUACCUGAUGCAAAAUUCAUUAAAAGUGUGGAGAAAAGUAGUGGAAAUGAAACUUGCAGCAAAAUUGGAUUAUGCUGAUAAUUUCUUCUCUGUGAAUUUACUGCAACGCUGCUUCAAUGCUCUCAAAUUGGAGAUGCAAGAGUCAACUAGGUAUAUGCAAGUAGCUGUAGACAUGCAUGACUUUCGUCUUCAAGAGCACUAUUUUAAUUUGUGGCUAAAGAUUACUCAUAAUCAACAGGAAGUUGAUGCUGAAAAAACAGCCAAAGCGAAUUCCCAUUUUCACAGUGUUUUAUUACGAAAGUGUUUACUUCAAUGGAGGAAAUAUCCAAAAGUGGCUCAGUUGGAGAGAGAAAAAGAGCGUCGAAAAAUGGUUUGGAGAAACAAGGUUCAGCAACUUCUUCCAGAUUUUCGACCAAUGCUAUCUUUAGAUUAAUAUAAUCACAUCUUACAAUCAAAAGCUAUAUAACCUUUGUCAAAGUGUUUUUUAAAUUUUUCUUUUGAAUGUUAAAAAUCUGUUCAUUAUCUUUAUUCCUUUGUGAUAUUUAUAAUUUAUGUACCUCAGGAGCGCCACUGCAUUCAAUGCACUUCAAUGCACAUAGAAAUGCACAUUAAAGGUGACACAUUGUUGAUGCAUUAUGUGUAAAAUCCGCAUCAAAUCCUGAAAAGCGUUUUAAAAGCGUCACCAAUGUGUCAACUUUUCUAUGCAUUUCUACGCGCAUUGAAGCACAUUUAAUGCGUUUGGGGCUAUGACUUGACAGUGAAAAAGAGAUUAUGAACUUACUUUAAAUAAGUUGAUUUAUUUUCUGUUCUAUUAUUUGUGUUUGUCUUUUUAAUAAUUCUAAUUAGUUAGAUUGCAUUGUUUAUUCAGUGUUAUCUUAUUUUUAAUUCAUCAUGACAUGUUAAAGCUCUCCAAUGGAUGCUGAAAAGAAACUUUUAUUGUUCUGUUUUAUGUAUGUUUCAUGAAGUCAUUCUUUGUGGCACAAAUUAUUCCAUAGUUGUGUUCUGUUUGCCACAUCAUUUGUUUUCCUUUAUAUCCUGAAAUAGAUAGUAACAAAUAAAUAUAUCUCAAAUAUUUCA